AAAAAAAAAUAUUUAAUUACUUUCUAUAAAUGUAUUAAGAAAAUAUUUAAAAUAUGUUUUUAGCCAAAUAUUUAUUUUAUUUUAUUUUUUGCCAUUUUAAAUGUCCUAAAAUGAAUCUUGGGUGACUAAUAUGCAGUAAACCAAGUUUAGAUAACGUAUGUCAAUGACACCUCUGUAGGUUGGUUAUACCAACAUUGCCACCAGUUGCGUCACUCAUCGCUGUUACGUUGAUGCUUUAUGCGCAAUCCAGUCAUUUAUAGAUCAGGAAUCAAAACCCUUUGAAAACACAUAAGCAAAUCUUAUAAGUGGGUAUUAUUUCACAUUACCAUUUAUUACCAUCAUAGCAUUCGUAUAAAAGAAAAACACUAAUGAUGCUUGCUUUAUUUACUUAGUUUUUUUGUAACUAUUAUCAGUAUAUUUAACCACUUCCACUGCACACACACACACACACAACCACUUUGUCAAUCAGAAUCUGAUGACAUUGCACUUCAAUCUGGCCCCUUAAGCCAGCACCUAAAAGGAAAGAGCCUUAAUUGGCAAUAUAAAGGGUGGAGCGUCUGCAAACAGGUUUUUGUUUAAACCACAACCACAUCCCUAAUGUCAAAGUUUCGUCAUAAGCACCCUGUCCCUGACUGUGCAUGUAGAUGACUAGAUAGUGGCAUAGUGUAAAUGUCAAGACGUGUGCAAUGUACUUGUAUAUGACUAGGAGCUGCAGUAAUAAUUAUUUUUAUCUUGGUUUUACUUUUUGGUGAACAAUUGCUAAAUGGAAAUAUUAUCACGUUUGUAUGUGGGAUUCGUAAAAUGUGUCUGAGCAGAGCUGACCACAGAUUCUUCCACUGUGGUUCCAUGAUGUCUCUAUGGCAAACCAUAAUCUUAUUUGUUGUUUGUGGACUUAUAGAGUGCAAUGACAGCGUGUGCGAUGUGACCUGCACCACAGACUUCAUUUCCACACUAAACUGCUCUAAUUCUGACUUGACAGGAACAGCAUCAUGUUUCAUUGUGGCCAAGUGCAGUGAUGAAUAUGGUACUGUGGAAGGGAGCUGUAAUAUAACAUCAUCACAAUCCUGGUGCACAAUAGAUCCUGAAGAUCUGCAGAUAAUGAUGGACUAUGAUACCAACUGCUCUAUAACAACAACAACACAGAUGACCAAACAAGGGGCUGCAGAGACCCCAACAACUAAAUACAUGAGUUUAUACAGAUCUAUAAAGCUCAUACAACCUUUCAACCUAAGUGUUGCAAAAAUUGACGAGGGUUUCAAUCUCACCUGGGAUGUGGCUUACACAAGUCACGAACUGUAUGAUAAACUAUACUACAGAGUACGAUUACGAAUUAAAGAUGACCCCAGCGAGAAGGAGGAGAUUUUCACUCAAGACCAGAACCAACAGUCAAUAGUUUUUCUCAGUGAAAGACUUCUGCCAGGCAGACAGUAUGUGGCGGACAUCCAAGUCGCCGUCCAUCCCAGGUCUAUUAUAUCCGAGUGGAGUGAAUGGAGCAACAGUGCCGAAUGGACAUGUGACCCUACCGGGUCCGAACAGUACUAUCUCCUGCUGUUGAUGGCGGUGCCCAUUGCAGCAAUGGCUGUGGUGCUUCUGUACAGUGGAAAACUAGGGGGAAUCAAAAAGAUGUUAUUAUGGCAACACAUCCCAAGCCCCCACGACUACUUCAGACCGCUCUACCAUACGCACCAGGGUGACUUUAAGAAAUGGGUCGGGCCGGUCCUAACCUUCAGCAGCUUUGAUGUCCUAGAGAAGAACUCUAUCGUGCAGGUGCUUUGUGACAAGCAGCAGCCUGAAAGGUCAGAGGAACCUGGCAACAACCGGAACGCUCAACACCGAGACUCCAGUCCUAACAGUCCGGCGAAUCAAAACUCAUCCAAAUUUUACUUCCAUGGAAGCGGCAGUCAAGUCGUCACCCACUCCGGUGGCCACAUAUCGAUGGACACGGUUACGGUUUCUGGUCAGGAGGGCAUCGUGGCCGACUGGUCCAGUGAAAGUCACCGACGGAGCAUUGAGGACUUCCCCAACAGCGAGGAAGCCGAUCGGAGAGCGCACGAAAUUGCUGACGGGCAGCUGAGGGAUUUACUACCCAAUAGGAGGGGGAGUUUACAGGACUGUGAUGAUUGGCAUGUACAGGAUCACAUUGAACGGGUUUCCCUGGUCUCCUAUAGUUCCAAUGAGCACUCCGAUGAUGGUUACCCUCAAAUGGGACUGGAUUUAGACACCAUAGACAGUGGUUUUCUGGAGUCAGACUGUUCAAGCCCUUCAGCGUUUGAUGAGAAAGAGCAGAUAGAGACUGCGUCACUAGACGGAGUGGGAGUUUUUCACUCAAAUUAUGUCAAACAGUGGGUGUCUUUUACGGCAGUCCAGGUUGAUACCCACAGCUCUGGAUAAUAGCUGCUGAGGGGAACAUCUGCUACAUCAAAACAGUAUGAGGCUUACACACAAAGAGCUAAAGACAUUAAAAGCUGGCUCUUGUGACAAUAUUGUGCUGUGUUUGUGGACCAAAUCCAUACAAUUUGCAGGCUUCAAUUUUAUGAUCAUUUCCAGUUCUUCAAUCCAUUUUUAAGUAUCCAGGACUACAUUGUCACAAACAUAGUGCCUUUAAAAAGUAUGCCAAGUGUCCCUGUGUAUCUUUCAGUGAAUUUUCAUGUUUCCAUCAUGGACUGUAAAAAAUAUGGAUGUAGUGUCUGCGACGUCACCCAUAGGUUUGUGAAGAGCUUUUUUGAAGCCAAUAGUUGGCAAAGCCUGUCGUCGACAUCUUGCCCGCGCAUCACUCGCGGAUAACCGAAAAUGGGUAAAGAGGCGGGGACGUGGGUGAAGCUGAGGUGGCUGGUUGCUGAAACCAUGCUUGCCUAGCUUGACAGUAGUGACAGCAGUGGCAGUUUACCCUUUACCACCUUUACAAAAAUUAACCAUUGUUUUACUACAAAUAAAACCAAAACAAUAGUUAGCACAAUUAAACAAUUGGUUUUGCUACACUGUAAAAAAAUCUGCAUUUUUGUCAAAUCAAUAUAUUAUUUUAACUUAAAAAAAUAAGUUAAACAAAUUCAACUUGUUUUUUAAAGUUAUGUCAACUUAUCACAGGUCAAAACUUAAAAUAGCAGGUUGAAUUGACUUGCAAAACCAAUUCCUGGUUGCACUUAAAUUUUUAAGUUUAAUAAACUUGAAUUUACAAAUUAUUUCAACUUUCUUGACUAGUGAGGAGUUGCAAUAAAUUAUAAAAAUAAAGUUGAAUUAGCUUAAAUUAUUUCAACUUUAUAUUGAAAAUUCCUCACUAUAGUCAAGAAAGUUUAAAUUAAUUGUAAAUAAUUUAAGUUGCUUUAACUUAAAAAUUUAAUUGCAAAAAUACAUUUUUUACAGUAUGUACAGUAGUACUUUUUUGUAGUAAAAUGUGGUAAUAAAUACGCAAAAGAAACAUGGUUACUACAGUUUUACUAUAAUGUAACCACGAUUCAUUUUCAUAAGGGUAAAUGUACUCUUAAGUUAUACACUAGCGCUUGCAUUCACAAACUGUAUGUGACAACGUGUUCUGUCGUAAGACAUUGUUCCAAUAUUUGUGUUCUAUCUUGCUAUUUUGAGAAAAGUCUGUUAGUAGCGCAUACUUUUAGUGCACAAUGGGAAAUAAUGCUGCCAAUGCAUUUUCAGUUAUCUGAUUAAACUGGGGCACAAUGCACUUGUGUUGUUUUGUCAGAGGAAUCCAUUUAUCACAAAUACAUUUGCUUUUGCAAUCAUUUAGCCGUCGCAUGCAACGUUUCAAUUGUUAUCUAUUUUUGCUGGCUUGAGCUCACAGCAGAGCAAGAUAAGGCAUUUGUCACAGACACGCAUAAAAUGCCACCCACAUGAUAAUACUACGGGUAUUUUACCUAUCAGAUCUUUGUACAAAUUAUUCACUGAAGUCAGCAAUCCUAAUGACUGUUGUAGAAACUUCUUCAUUUUCUUUUGUGUUUCUGUGAUAGCAAUCUCCUUGUUCAAACAAACAUGUGAAAAGAUGUCAUGCACUUUAUUAUCAUCAUGGUUUUAUUAUUUAAUGCUCACAUGAGGCACAUUUAUAAAUGAUGUCAAUCGAUGCAUGGAGGAGUAAAAUCUGCAAUUUUUAGAAGUGAUGAACUAGAAUAGUAAACUUUUUGGUUACUUGAUAAACACAUGAUCAUGACCCUUAUAUUAUGGUCCAAGACUCAGAAGAAACAGUAAACCUGUGAUUUUAUUCUCGAAACUUUGUCACUUUUUCACAUUUAUGGCCAUAAGCAUGCAUGCAAAGUUAGGAUACACUGAUAUGUUUUGAAGUGUACGCAAAUCAUUUUCUACCUAUUUUGAUGUUCGCGGGUCAAUUUGACCCACAUUUUUUUUUGUGUUCCAGCCAACUGUACAGACCCAAAUUAAAUAUAUGUCUUCAGUGUUUGUUGCUAUAUUGGUGUUUUACUAUCCUGAAAUGGAGUAAAAAUGCUUCUCUCCACUCUUUUCAGUACUGAAAAAGACUUUUACAGAUACAGAUGGAUCAUUUCUAUUUACAAUGUAUAUGAAAAACUACUUGUUAUCGUUUUCUUCCAGACAUUUUGUGAGUUUUUCUUAUUUAGGGCCAUGAACAUGCAUGCAAAGUUAGGAUACACUGUGUGUGUUUUGAAGUUUACACAAAUAAUGUUUGUUUACAAUUUUGAUGUUCGCGGGUGAAUUUCACCCAUUUAUUUUUGUUCCAAGGUAACAAAUUAAAUACAUUUAUUGCAUA